UCGCGACGCAGCCGUCUGGCGGUGGCGUUUCCUGGUGACGGAGCUGGGUCGCGGAGUCCAUGGGCAGCCAUGAGAUACUGGGCCAGGCAGCCCGGCUGGCCUCCUCCGGUCUGCUCCUGCAGGUGUUGUUUCGCCUGAUCACCUUUGUCUUGAAUGCAUUUAUUCUUCGCUUCCUGUCAAAGGAAAUCGUUGGCAUAGUGAAUGUAAGGCUAACAUUGCUUUACUCCACCACCAUCUUCCUGGCCAGAGAGGCCUUCCGUAGAGCAUGCCUGAGUGGGGGCGCCCAGCGAGACUGGAGCCAGACCCUCAACCUCCUGUGGCUAACGGUCCCCCUGGGUGUGCUUUGGGCCUUGUUCCUGGGCUGGGUCUGGUUACAGUUGCUGGAAGUGCCUGAUCCUAAUGUUGUCCCCCACUAUGGAAUGGGAGUGGUGCUGUUUGGCCUCUCAGCUGUUGUGGAACUUGUGGGAGAGCCCUUCUGGGUCUUGGCACAAACACACAUGUUUGUCAAGCUCAAGGUGAUUGCUGAGAGCCUGUCGGUAAUCCUCAAGAGUGUCCUGAUAGCUUUUCUCGUGCUGUGGUUACCUCACUGGGGACUGUACAUUUUCUCUUCAGCCCAGCUUUUCUAUACUGCAGUUCUGGUGCUCUGCUAUGUUAUUUAUUUCAAAAAGUUACUGGGUUCCCCAGAAUCAAUCAAGCAACACAAUCUUCCUGUCUCCAGAAUGACAGAUCUGUUACCCAAUAUUCCGAGAAGUGGAGCUUUUGUAAAUUGGACGGAGGCUAAAUUGACUUGGAGUUUUUUCAAACAGUCUUUCUUGAAACAGAUUUUGACAGAAGGCGAGCGAUAUGUGAUGACAUUCUUGAACGUAUUAAAUUUUGGCGAUCAGGGUGUAUAUGAUAUAGUGAAUAAUCUUGGCUCCCUUGUGGCCCGAUUAAUUUUCCAGCCAGUAGAGGAGAGUUUUUAUAUAUUCUUUGCAAAGGUGCUGGAGAGAGAAAAGGAUGCCACACUUCAGAAGCAGGAGGACAUUGCUGUGACUGCUGCGGUUUUGGAGUCCCUGCUCAAGCUGGCCCUGCUGGUUGGCCUGACCAUCACCAUUUUUGGCUUCGCCUAUUCUCAGCUGGCUUUGGAUAUCUAUGGAGGAGCCAUGCUUAGCUCAGGAUCAGGUCCUGUUUUACUGCGUUCCUAUUGUUUCUAUGUCCUCCUGCUCGCCAUCAAUGGAGUAACCGAAUGCUUCACAUUUGCUGCCAUGAGCAAAGAACAGGUCGACAGGUACAACCUCACCAUGCUGGCCCUGUCGUCUUCAUUCCUGGUGUUAUCCUAUCUCCUGACCCGUUGGUGUGGCAGCGUGGGCUUCAUCAUGGCCAACUGCUUUAACAUGGGCAUUCGGAUCACACAGAGCCUUUGCUUCAUCCACCGGUACUACAGAAACAGCCCCUACAGGCCCCUGGCCGGCCUGUACCUGUCGCCGGUCCUCCUUGGAGCAUUUGUCCUCAGUGGUGGGAUUACUGCUGUUUCAGAGGUGUUCCUCUGCUGUGAGCAGGGCUGGCCAGCCAGGCUGGCACAUGUUGCUGUGGGGGCCUUCUGCUUGGGAGCGACUCUCGAGACAGCAUUCCUCACCGAGACCAAGCUGAUCCACUUUCUUAGGACUCAGUUAGGUGUGCCCAGACUCACUGGCAAAAUGAGGUGACCUUAGGGAACUCACUGGCACCUGUGUACCUGGACCAGCUUAUGGUGGUUUUGUGGGAGGAGCACAUUUCCUGUGCAGAAGAGCCCUGCAGAGGGGUCUGCAGUAGAAUGAGACCAACCCAGUAGGUGAGACGUCUGAGAAAACCAACAGACCAAACACCAUGCAUUUGAAGUCUCAACCAGGAAGAAGGUAUUUCAUUUUUAAGGGAGCAUAAAGCUCUUUUAAAAUAGAUAUAAUUAUUUUUUUUCACCAUUUGGUUCUAAUCAGCAUAAUUCCUUUUGAUUAAUAUAUUAAUUCCUCUUGGAUGUGAUGCUCCAGCAAACUAUAUCUUGGAUGUUAAUAGUGAAUAAUCAUCUGGCCCAGAAAAAGAGAGGUAGCCAUUUUACCCUUCAUAGGAAUAUUUGACUUAUUCUAUAAGAAAAGGAAGGAGAGCUGGUUUUAGGCACCAAACGAGAACAAAGGUGGCCCUGGAAUUAGGGCUUUUCCCAUGUCAACACUGUGGUCUGGGGCGUUAGAGGAGGAAAAACGUUAUUCAAUAAAAAAUCCAAGAAAUGAAAA